AUACGUCUAAUUUCAUUGGAAACAUGUCGGCAGAUGAGAAAAUUACCAAGGAGUUUUCUGAGAAUGAUGCAUUGGAAACUGUACCUAAAGUGAGACUCUCAAGCCAGUCAGAUGAAGGUGAUGCAAGUACUGCCACAGCAGUGGUUACGAAGGAGACCAAGCCGAUGGGUGGAAUGCUGUCACAGUCGCUGUUCCAGGAGAUUCAGGGGGAUGGUUCGAAAAACGGGGAGGAGAGCGAACGACUAUCAACAACAUCCUCUUCUGUGUCCAGCAGAAACCUUGCAGGACAUGCAGCGAAGACCCUUCCAUCCACAUCCUCUUCACUCUCCUCCACUUCCACUUCCUCUCCACCUGGCAGAGCAAAGAUGAGUGUUUUUGGUCCUGGAAGUAAAGUUCUCCCGCCCCAUCCCUCAUCCUCCUCUCCCCAUCCCUCAUCCUCCUCUCCCCAUCCCUCAUCCUCCUCUCCCCAUCCCUCAUCCUCGUCUCCCCAGACAGAAAAGAUACACCGUGCUCGCAAGACCAUGAACAGACCUCCCCCAACACAGGUGAGGUGCAUUGAGUCUCCAAUCGUGCCAGUCAACCCCACAGACCCCACGACCAGCUUCACGACAGACAGUGAUACUGCAGCAGCAAAAAGGAGAAGGCUGGGCCAAGGUUUUGACGGUACACCUGAGAAGGCAGAGAGCGCUAUAGGCACAGAGCAGAAGGAAGAUCGUGUACUCCGCGAGGCUGCGAGACGGCGUGACAGUUGGCUGGAGGACUUGGAGGAGGAUGCAGACGAGGACGAGUUUCUUCUCUAUAACCCCUAUGCAAGAGACGACACGGACGCAGCCUAUUCCGACAGCAAGUCUGAAGAUGGUAGAAUAGAGGAAAGGCUACAUGAAAGAGAGGCAGAGGAGUCUGGUAACAUGACAGAUCAUAGCUCUGAGUCGGACCCACAGAGGCAGGGCCAGAGGAACAAAGUGAGCAGCGAUUCGCCAUGGACUCGCCCAGGGCGGGGAAAAGGGAGAGAGAGAGUCGAAGGAGUAGAGGCAGGAAGAGUGUCGACAGCAUCUGCUCUAGGUGGGUCCCGCGAGUACACAGAGGUUGCCUUGGGCUCCCUGGACAUCGCGGCUGCAGACAGCCUAACACUCUCACCUCACCACGAAGGCAGUGAUGGUGGGGAGACAGAGCGUCUGGAGGAGCUGCCUCUGUGCAGCUGCAGGAUGGAAGCACCACGCGUAGACGGCGCCAGCAGACGGCCCAACAGACUCUGCAUGGCCACAGAGAGCGUCAAUGGAGAGCUGGUGGGCUGUACCAAUAUCAUUCUGAAGGGGGAGACCAUGCGCCCGUCCAGUCGGGUUUCCCUCAUGGUGCUGUGCGAGAGCCAUCGGUCACAUAUGGUCAAACAUCACUGCUGCCCUGGAUGUGGAUACUUCUGUAUCGCGGGCACCUUCCUAGAGUGCUGUCCGGACCAGCGCAUUGCCCACCGCUUCCACCGGGGCUGUGUGACAGUGCUGGGGGCUGGGAGGGGCAGGGGCAUGGGCACGGGCAUGCUCUUCUGCCCCCACUGUGGCGAGGAUGCCUCGGAGGCCCAAGAGGUCACCAUCCCCCCCUCAGCAUCUGCGGUCACUGUGGUCACCACCUCAGCCUCCUCCACCACCACACCGUCCCUCCCACCCUCCAUUCCCUCGGCCCUCUCCCUGGCGGCCUCCACGGGGGCGCUGAAGAACGGGAAGAGGCCAGAAGGCCCUAUCAGUGCGAGGAUGCGUGGGGUGGUAAAGAAGGACCCGGAGCAGCAGCCCCCCCAAGCCGCUGUGGCAGCAGGGCCUGUCAACGCAGCUCCCCCAGGGGAGGGGGGAGUGGACAGUGUGGGACCCUCCCUCUGUCUGCCCAAUGGGAAGCCAAUCUGUCCCAGUGCACUUCCCCCCGGACCCAGUAGGGCAGCACUGCAGAAGGCUAUUCUCACCCAGGACACUGAGAGGAGGAAGAAGCUGAGGUUCCACCCCCGCCAGCUCUAUCCAGCCGCCAAGCAGGGCGAGGUGCAGCGAGUUCUGCUCAUGCUCAUGGAGGGCAUAGACCCAGCCUACCAGGUUGAAUCCCAGAACAGACGCUGUGCUCUCCACGUUGCAGCCCAGAGAGGCCUGCUGGAGGUCUGCUACAUGCUGGUGCAGGCAGGUGCGAAACUGGACGUCCAAGACAAAUCCAUGAGGACCCCUCUCCUGGAGGCCAUCAUCAACAACCAUGUGGAGGUGACCAGGUACCUGGUCCAGAACGGAGCCUGCGUCUAUCACACUGAGGAAGAUGGCUACACUGGUCUCCACCACGCAGCCAAACUGGGAAGUCUGGACAUUGUCACCCUUUUGUUGGAGACGGGACAGGUGGACAUCAACGCACAGGAUAGUGGAGGCUGGACUUCUAUCAUCUGGGCUGCAGAGCAUAAGCACAUCAAUGUCAUCAGAGCACUGCUUAACAGGGGGGCUGACGUCACCCUCAAGGACAAGGAGAUGAAUGUGUGUCUCCACUGGGCGUCCUUCGCAGGCUAUGUGGAGAUAGCGGAGAUGGUGCUGAAUGCUGGCUGCCAGCUGUCCUCUGUCAACAUGCACGGGGACACUCCCCUACACAUUGCUUCCAGGGAGGGCUUCCUCGAGUGUGUCACGCUUUUCCUCUCUAGGGGGGCAGACAUUGACAUCAUGAACAGGGAAGGGGACACGCCUCUUUCUCUGGCGCGUUCCGAUUCGCCCGUCUGGGUGUCACUCCAGAUAAACCGGAAGCUGCGGAGAGGGAUAGCCAAUCGCAUGCUUCGUACAGAGAAGAUCAUCAGCAGUGACGUAGCCCAGGGGUAUGAGAAUGUGCCUAUCCCCUGUGUGAACGCAGUGGAUGAUGAGGGAUGUCCCUCAGACUACAAGUACGUCUCUGAGAACUGUGAGACUUCAGCCAUGAACAUCGACCGCAACAUCACGCACUUACAGCACUGCAGCUGCACAGAUGACUGCUCCUCCAGCAACUGUCUGUGUGGACAGCUCAGUAUCCGCUGCUGGUACGACAAGGACCACCGGUUGCUCCAGGAGUUCAAUAAGAUCGAACCGCCUCUCAUAUUUGAGUGUAACCUGGCGUGCUCCUGCUACCGCACCUGCAAGAACAGAGUGGUGCAGGCAGGGAUCAAGGUGCGUCUCCAGUUGUACCGGACAGAGAAGAUGGGAUGGGGAGUACGGGCUCUACAGGACAUUCCCCAAGGCAGCUUCAUCUGCGAAUAUGUUGGAGAACUGAUCUCUGAUGCAGAGGCAGAUGUAAGAGAAGAUGACUCCUACCUCUUUGACCUGGACAACAAGGAUGGGGAGGUGUACUGCAUCGAUGCCCGUUACUACGGUAACAUCAGCCGCUUCAUCAACCACCUGUGCGACCCUAACAUCAUCCCUGUGCGUGUAUUCAUGCUACACCAGGACCUGCGCUUCCCCCGCAUCGCUUUCUUCAGUUCCAGAGACAUCCUCACGGGACAGGAGCUAGGGUUUGAUUAUGGAGACCGCUUCUGGGACAUAAAGAGUAAAUACUUCACCUGCCAGUGUGGAUCAGAGAAAUGCAAACACUCAGCGGAGGCCAUUGCCUUGGAGCAGAGCAGGCUCGCUCGACUGGAGGCCUGCCCAGAAUCGGAGACUGACCCUGGGCUUGCCAUGUUAGGAAACUCCUAGGCUUCCCUGGGGCCUGUUGCGUGUAUUUUUUUACACUGUUACUGUUCAUUUUGUAUGAAUUUGUGCAUUUAUUGUUUCAGUGUGGUAGACAAAUCUUAACUUCUUCGAUGUAUGGGGUAUAAGUGACUGGAAAAAAGGUGUCUUCUGUGUAAGACCCUUUCAUACAGUACAGUAUUGCCAUGAGAGAUCAAGUUAUGCUCACCACUUGCUGUGCCAAAUACAUACUGAAUAAUUAAUUUCACAGUACUCUACCAUGAUAGUCAGUCUACUGCUGUGAAGCAACUGAAGUUACCAACAGCUGACUUGUGUAGUAAUGAAGUUAUGCAUAUGUCUUUUUUUUUUUUUAAACAAAGUCCCUUUUUUGUUUUAUGUUCUGACAUUUAAUAAAUGUUAUUACACAUCGA